CUUCCAGCACCUUAAGUAUGUGUUACUGAUACUAGCCCCAGGCUAUCAGUACUUUUACUUCGCCUGUUCCUCCACAUUCGUGUUGGCUCUCGGGUGUUAUAUGUGUGAUGAAGGCAGACGGACAUUAACAGGAGCUCAUAUCAAACAUCUCACGUGCCGGCGGCGCGAGCAGCGGCGACGUCUCCCACAUUGUGUCCUCGACCCGCAGUUCGGCAUGUAUGUGUGGCCGUGUGCGGUGGUGCUGGCUCAGUAUCUGUGGAUGCACAGAGAGGAGCUGAGAGGGAAGAAGAUGCUGGAGCUCAGCGCAGGCGUGAGUCUGCCCGGCGUGGUUGCGGCGCGGUGCGGUGCCGUGGUGAUCCUGUCAGAUGCCGCUGACAGACCGGCGUGUUUGGAGAACUGCAGGCGCAGCUGCGAAGCCAACGACCUCGGCGACGUGCCGGUGGUGGGUGUCAGCUGGGGUGAGAUCUCCCCGGACCUCGUCCUGCUCCCCGAGCUGGACGUCAUCCUGGGCUCAGACGUCUUCUACAAUCCCGAAGAUUUUGAAGACGUCCUUGUGACUGUUUUUUUCCUGCUGAGAAAAAACCCCAAAGCCGAGUUCUGGACGACGUACCAAGUACGAAGCGCCGACUGGUCGAUCGAGGUGCUGCUGCACAGGUGGAACCUGAGCUGCAUCGAGGUUCAGCUCGACCAGUUUGAUGCCGACACACCUGAGCUGGCCGGGUCUAAUCUGCCCGGCAACCACAGCAUCCAGAUGAUGAAAAUCACCCUGAAGACAGAGGAUGCUGGACAGAAGGCCGUCCACAGAGCUUCACCAUAACCUCAACCACACCAGCAGCACUCAGGCUAACCAGUGACUCAUGGUGUCUGGUCAGACCUGCUGUCAGGGCUGCUUUUCCAGUCCUGACAGGCUGAAGCUGGAGGCUGUGCUUCCUGCUUUGAGCAGCAGAGGGCAGCGUUUCACCGAACUUGACACCUGAGGUCACAAUGAUUAAACUUCCUCGUAAGCGA